ACUUUCCAAGCCUCUCGAUCCUACAUGCGUUAUGCGCUGUUGGAAGUCUAUACACAUCGGCGGCAAUGCCGCACGUGCCGACGUAUCCUUUGAACCAGUACUAUGGUCGAGAUACGUUCGAACAGCGGCAGGCGGCAAGUACGUUUGGAGAGAUACAUAUCUCGUUGGCUAAACGAGCUGUUCAUCGUGACGAAGUGACCGGUACACGACUUCUGGAGUAUGUACAAGCGAAGAUUCUGGUUACAUGGUGGUUGUGGUACCAUGCUCGGUGGAGGGAGUUGUAUGACAGUAACGCUACGACCAUGAGAGGCCUAGUACCUCUAGGGUUGAAUGUCUGCGACGACUUUCACUCCUUGAACCAAGUCAUGCGCGGACCCUCUCUCAUUGGAUCGGCCAAAUCAGCAAUGGAGAAGGAGCUGAGAAGAAAUUGUUUCUGGCUUGCAUAUUCGUCGGACCGUCAACAAGGUUGUAGUAAUGAGUGGGCUCUCAAUAUGGACGAUCAGGAUCUUCCACAACUUAUGCCUGCCAGAGGCGAUCAGUUCGACUUGGAAUACAUCCAUUCUGAGGACGACCGCCAGAUGUUACAGUCGCGGAACCUUUUCAUCUUUCACCCCGAGAAACACACCGACUCGUUCACACUCUACAUCAAAGGGUCCGUGCUUCUAUCCCGAGUCAAACAGUUCAACAUGCGCUUCAGAGUGAAACGGUGCCUUGGAGACCCCUCUGUCCAGUUUGUACCCCCAGAUACCGGUGGGUCCAAUUACUUCGGAGCAGGCGCGAUUACGGAGAGUCUCUUCGACGAUCCUCGUCGCUCGGUGGAGUUCAUCGAAUUGGACAGCUUGUCAGAGUCGUUUCGACCGAAUUUCCCUCAUUACCUCAAAAAUCCUAUGCCAGAUGGGGUCGUCGAUUCACAUCUUUAUGUCGCUUACCUGGUCUCGCACAUGGCCAUCAUUCUUCUUCACGAGUCUCAUGCCAGGUUCGACCUAGGAGUUGGGGGGUGUAAUUCGACAUACAAGAUCCACGAAGCCAGUCGAGCCAUUCUAGAACUCAUUUAUAGCCUAAGGGCGGGCACAAGUUUCGACAUCACCCUCCUAGAGCCAAGUGCAGUCUUUUAUUGGUACACCGCCGGCCGUGUGCUCCUCAAGUUUUGGGCAGUUGCUAAGCAGGCGAUGGCGACAGAAGAGGCAUUGACACUUCGUGCUGAGGUCGAAUACAUAGCUGUGUCGCUCUCCGUUUUUGGUGAACGAAUACCGUUAGCUCGUGAGUACCGCACAGCGCUGGGCGAUUUUGCCGUCAGUAUGUGCGGCGAGCAGCUCUCUGUUUAGCUUACUACAUUAUAGUCACACACUACGCUCUGGUUUUCCAUCUUUCUUGCA